AUGUCUAGCCGACAAGCAGUACGGUCGUUGAGACAGAUCACAAAUGGCCGCCAAUUCAGCACGGUGGUGGACGACCGCAUGGCUAUGGCAGCAGCUUCAAGUCCCAUCUCCAGGACCGGAAACGUGCUUCAGGAUGCCAUGAGACAGACUGGUCCUAGACACGACUGGUCUAAGGAUGAGAUUCGCGAGAUCUACAAGACUCCCCUGAUGGAGCUGGCUCAUCAAGCGGGUGUUCUCCACCGUCGCUUCCACUCUCCCUCAUCCAUCCAGAUGUGCACCCUGAUGAACAUCAAGACUGGUGGUUGCUCCGAAGACUGCUCUUACUGCGCCCAGUCUUCCCGCUACAAUACUGGUCUCAAAGCAACCAAGAUGUCACCAGUCGACGAUGUCCUCGAAAAAGCUCGCAUUGCAAAGCAGAACGGAAGCACACGCUUCUGCAUGGGUGCCGCAUGGCGCGACAUGAGAGGAAGAAAGACCAGUCUGAAGAACGUCAAGGCUAUGGUGGAAGGCGUACGCGCCAUGGAUAUGGAAGUCUGCGUCACACUCGGCAUGAUUGACCAGAACCAGGCCGAAGAGCUCAAGACUGCUGGCUUGACCGCAUACAACCACAACGUCGACACCUCGCGUGAGCACUACCCCACUGUCAUCACCACGAGAUCCUACGACGAGCGUCUGGAAACUUUGUCCAAUGUACGUAAGGCUGGUAUCAACGUCUGCUCUGGUGGUAUUCUUGGUUUGGGCGAGAAGCCCGAGGACCACGUCGGUCUUCUCUACACCGUCUCGAACAUGCCCGCCCACCCAGAGUCUUUCCCUGUCAACGCUUUGGUCCCUAUCAAGGGUACGCCUCUUGGUGAUGACCCUAGCCGUAAGCGCAUCAGCUUCGACGCCAUCCUGCGUACCAUUGCUGCAGCCAGAAUCAUCAUGCCUGCCACCAUCAUCAGAAUUGCCGCUGGCCGUACCACCAUGAGCGAAGCAGAGCAGAUCCUGUGCUUCAACGCCGGUGCCAACGCCAUUUUCACUGGUGAGAAGAUGUUGACCACCGACUGCAACGGAUGGGACGAGGACAAGGCCAUGUUUGCCAAAUACGGUCUCACUCCCAUGAAGAGCUUCACAAGAGGUGGUUAUCGCGAGCAGGAGAUGCUGCCCAACUACUUUGAAGACGCAAAGAAGGAGCAAGAGCAGACCGCCACUUAG